GGUCAUCCCGCCAUGGCUUCCACAAUGCAGUUGGAGUUUUCACAGGCCAUGUCCGACUUUAAAAACAUGUUCCCGGACAUGGACAGGGACGUAAUAGAGGCGGUACUGCGCGCCAAUCAGGGUGCAGUCGAUGCGACCAUCGAUCAGCUACUAGCGAUGAGCACGGACAAUCAGAACGAAAAGCUGCGUCACGAGCUGGAAACGGACGGCAGUGGACCACCGCGCUCGGUUGCUACCAUUAAUCAGGCGAACGAUCGACCGCUGCUCGAUCUGACCAGCGAUAUACCGGCGUGCGGUGAACGAUCGGAACGAUUUCUCAGCACUUCACCGAAUGCAACCGCUAGCUCAAUCGUUGCGCAACAGCUGGGCGCUUCGCCAAAAAUACGCAAACCACCAGCGGGCAGUGCGACUGGAAGCGCCACCAACAGUCCCCGCAUACACGCCGGACCGCACCAGCAAAGAAACGAUUCGUCGACGGGUGCAUUUUCUUCCACCACAGCCACCAUGAACCGUCGCUGGAAUCCACCGCUGGUAGGGCCGCUACCUCCGACCUUUUUACGGCUCGGUGGAACGGCGGGCGGUGGUACGAUCGGACCGGACGGUACGUACCGCAGCACCGAGUUCGAUCUCGGCGAUGAACAGUUUGCGAUGAUGCUGCAGAACGAAGAGUUUAUGGCGGAGUUGCGAUGGAAUCAGGAGUUCCUUUCCGCACUGGAAAAGGACCACCAAGGUAAGGUGCAGGAUGAUGCCGCGUUUAAGGAACGUUUGCGCCACAUGGGUAAAGUGUCGCGCAAAAAGUUUGCCCAGCUGGCGCGCGUCUUUACGUGGCAGCGUGGCGGUAACAAGAAGGCUAGUGCGGUUCGGCAUCCGGAUUCGUUGCUGCUGCAGGAGGAGCACAGUGACGAGGAGGCGGAACCGAAACGGGUUGCAUCGGGCAAAAAGUAG